GUUUAUAUUUUUUAUCUGUCCUCUUUUUUCCUCUUUUGUGUAUCGUCUUCGCAUCUCAAUGGCCUGCGAAAAACUUUUCCAGCUUCAUUUCCUUAAUGGAGUUUCGUGUCUUCCGGUCAUGUCCCUAUGCUUUACUUCUCUUUUGUCCGCUGGAUAUCUUGCUGCUGUGUUGCCUUCUAUUGGCUGGUUUCACAUGUCUCCUUCAGGUGCCUUUUAUUUUGAGCUGGCCUUGCGAAACACUUCCUCGGGUGACUUUUCCAGACUCCUAUCCUUACCGGAGUUUCGUCUUGCUUGAGCUCGCCGAUCUUCACGUGACUUCAGGUGACUUGCUCGAGCUCUCCGAUCUUCAGCUGCGCUCAUUCCCUCUUUUUUCCCCGCUUUCUUUCUCCCUGCUGGUUUGCUUUCUCUUGGCCGAUUUCACCAAUCUUCAAGCGACUUAUGUUUUGAACUGGGCUCGGGAAAGCUUCUCCACAGCCUUUUCCCCCAACGCAGAUCCGUCUCGGUCGACGUUGUCGGUCUUGAGUUGUGUAAAUUGAACAAUGGCUUUGCCCGUUGCUGCUGUACCCCGAGUUGUUCGCAUAUCUGAGGUUAAUGAAACUAUGGUCAAUUGGAAGACUUUGGUCCAGGUUCUUGAGUCUCAUCGUGCCAGGGUCGUUCAAAUGGAUGGUGCUUCAAAGGCAUUCCGUCGCUUUGAAUUUGGUGAUUCCCAGGGUAUUACGGUUUCUGCAGUUGUCUAUGAUGAUGACAUUUCGCAUGUGGAUGGUCUUCUGCUUCCGUUCAAGAAGUAUUACAUAUCAACCGUGGAGAUUUGUGAGAUUCCAGAGUCUACUCCACCAGGAAUAUAUCGAUUCUAUUGGGUUAUCAACAACAAGACUACUGUCGAGGAAGUUACUGAUGAGGGCGGACCAAUGCUUCCAUUUUAUUUCCAUCUCCGCUCAUUUGAAUCGUUUCAUUUUGUGGCUGACACUGAUGAAUUCAUAAGAAUUGCUUUGUCAACCAGGAAUGACUCAGUUAUUCUUGUCAAUCCACCAGUCAGAGAAGCUAAUCAGCUAAAGCAUUGGGCUGCCAGAAAUGAAAAAAGCUUUGCGGGCCUUCUUGAGGAUAACAUGCAUGCUAAACAAAGUCCUCAGCUAUUUCACCAAUCACAGCAGAAAAUUAUUUCUAUCAUUGAUGUUGUUCCAACGCAAAAGGUUUCAUGGGUUAAGGCACAGGUUUUUUUCCAGCACAUCAUUCAAAAAUAUUAUUACAUGGGUUGCGUAAAAUGCCACUACAUGACUGCUGCAAACUUUGGAACUACGUUUACUUGCAAUCACUGUAGUGAGAAACAAGAAGAUUCUCCCAGGUGUCGUUUUGAUGUAGACCUCACCGACCACACUGAUACACUCACUGCAUCUGUGUUUGGUGACUUAGCUAAAACUUUGCUCACAUUGACUGCACUUGAAGCAAUGAAUUAUCACGAAAAGAAUGCAGAAUUGCUGCUGGAAAAGGUCCAUCAAGAACUACAAUCAAAGAUGUUCAUACUAAAGUUAAAGCCAACGGCUACCAGGGAUAGGGGAGGUCAUCAGCGUUAUACUAUUGUCUACUGUUUUAAGGAUGCAAGCUCUGAAGAAUCUGCUAACAAGUCUGCGGAUCCUGAUGUCCAGACUAUUUCUCAGGAAAUUGGCACUACUGUCCCAACAAAUGCAGCACCAGAAAACCAAGUUUCUUCAUCAAAGGUGCGAAUUCGUCUUGAUACAAAGUUUGAUCAAUCUGAAGAUGCAAAUGACAAUACAUCCAAAGAUGAGGAGCCACCCAGCAGCAAAAAGGCAAAGAAAAAUUGAUUGCCUUUUCGUUCUUUAGCUUUCUAGCUAUGAAACCAGAUGUCUGUGUCUUUUGGUAAUGCUUAAAGCAUUCAUUUUGCUGCAUCUUUUGAAGCUAUAUCUCGAACUUAUAACCAACCUUUUUGAAUCCUUAGUUUUAUCUAAACAAAUGUCUGAGGAGUAUUGCUAUCCCUUAUUAGACAUUACAUUAUCUGUUGCAAUUCUAUAUAUAUUAAUUGGAUGCCUUUUGUCCA